AUGGCAUCCAGGUUACCGCUUGAAGUAAUAAGUAAUAUUUUUGAGCAGGCUCACCAAGAUUUGAUAGUAAUUCGAAAAAUGGUGAUGGUUAACCGGAGCUGGUGUUCAGUCGGUAUGCCAUACUUAUGGAAAGCACCAUUUUCCAAUGGCCUUGAAUUGAACCUCCAAAAUCUUUACGAGAUAAUCCCAGUAUACAUUUCGUUGCUUGAUGAAAGUUCACGGAAUAUCUUGGAUAAAUCCGACAUACCAAAGGUUAAUUACAAAACGCCAUUGUACAACUAUGCAAGUUUCCUGCGGAGUUUUGAUAUGCCAUGCCUAAAUGAGAUUUCGGAAAGGUGGCUUUUAUAUGGAUACGCUAUCUCCGAGUUUCGCGUUGAAUACAAUAGAAAAGGAAACGAGGAUAGAGAUUGUUGUUGUGAGAAUAACGAUUUGGUUGACGACGAACUUGGAGUCAUCGUGGAAGAGUGUAUGACCUACGGACGAUGUAUGGAAGACGAUACCUAUAUUAAUAUUGAUGAAGAUAGUGAAACCGAAGAAUCUUCUAGCAGAACCGUAACAUUAGUAACAGAAAUUUGUAAACACCUCUUAAAAAGUUCCAGCAAAAUCACGCAUCUUUCCAUCAAUGGAUUUAUUUCGAUACAUUAUAAACAUUUAUUGAACGACCUUCAGAAUAUACAGGGGGCUUCAAAUUGUUUGGUUCACCUGGAAUCGCUAUCACUGAAGCAAGUUCAUUGCGAAGGAUUGUUAAGCGGGAUAGCUCGGUUCUGUCGAAAUAUUUCUGUGCUUGAGAUCGAAGAUGUUAGAACCUCAGCUGAAUCCUUAAGGACCCAUUUUCCCAUGAUCAUCACAAAUCAACAUAGCUUGAAAAGGCUGGUUUUUUGUGUCAGUUCGAGUUAUGAUAUUUCCUCAAUUAUGUCAGCUCUCCAAAGUCAGUCAGAGUCGCUAAUCGAACUUAAAUUUGAACAUUUUACAAUAACCGACAUCACUACAAUGGAACAUCUAAUACGAUGUAAUAAUUUGCAGAAACUUGACAUCACAACAAAUUUGUAUUACUAUCCAAAUAUUAUGCUUUUUGAGAUGCUCGCGGCCUGCGUGUUUAAAGACUUACGGACUCUAAAUUUACGUUUCAAUUAUGAUUCAAAAGAAGUUCAAAUCGCAGAAAAUUUAAGAAUAUUCAUUAAGAAUUGUGGCCAUAAGCUAAAAGAAUUAGACAUAGAGUAUCAUCCCUAUGGUGAAAAUGUUCAAAUUCUGAGAACAUUGAGAAAUUGCCCUCAACUAGAAAGUUUGUCUUUUCCCCUUGGUGGAGAUGAGGAAAUAGACGAGUUCUUGAAGCUUGUUGCUGAACUAAAGUUUCUUAAAAAGUUGGUUCUUGGAAGGGCACGGAAAGAAGUCGAAGCUGAUGAAUUUUUUCUCGAUUUUGUUGAAAUUUGGAAAGAUUCAACAAUAUCUCAUCUGAGUACUAACUGGAUCAUUUCGGAUUCGACCUUAACCGAAUUUCUAGAUGAUUAUAUUAUUCCUAUAAGGAAAUUUGAAUACUUAUGCGAAGAAGAUUUAUACUUAUCCCAUAAAGGUAGUUUGAUUUCAUAUUCUCAUAAGCUUAGGCAAAAGGGGCUUAUUAAGACGUUGAGCAUUUUGCCAAGGUUUCAUUAUACAUUUGAUGGAUCUGCAAUCCGGAGAAUUAAUAGGGUAGUAUUUGAAACUUUUGCUUAUUAG